CCUGGACUUGCUAUUCCAAUCCCCAACUCGCUUUUCUCUUUCUCUUUGUCAUAGCCAUAUCCUUCACUUGCCUUCUCUUCUCCAGACUUUGAUUUCCCAUGGAUAUUUUCUCAAGAAGGCUAACUUCUUCCUUUCUGUUCUUUCUAUUUCUAAGCUUUACAGAAGCUAAAGAAAUCUUGGUUGGUGGGAAGACAGACGCCUGGAAGAUUCCAUCAUCUGAAUCAGAUUCUCUCAACAGAUGGGCUGAAAAAUCCCGCUUCCGCAUCGGCGACUCUCUCGCGUGGAAAUAUGAUGGUGGCAAAGACUCAGUGCUGCAAGUGACUAAGGAGGCUUAUGCAAGCUGCAAUACCUCAAACUCAAUUGCAGAGUACAAGGAUGGGAACACCAAGGUUAAGCUUGAUAGGUCAGGGCCAUUUUACUUCAUCAGUGGAGCAAAGGGUCACUGCGAGCAAGGCCAAAAGUUGCACGUUGUUGUAUUGUCUCAAAAGCAUAGGUACACUGGAAUCUCCCCAGCACCUUCUCCGGCAGAAAUUGAGGGUCCUGCCAUUGCUCCUACCAGCAGUGCUGCUGGGUUGAAGGCUGGUUUCUUGGUCACACUGGGGGUUGUGGUCUUGGGGUUGUUCUGAGAUGUGAGGGUAGUUUUGGUUUUGGGAGAGAGUUUGGAUUUUUCAAAUCCACGAGAGAUUAUUUCAUUUUGCUUUUAA